AUGGCCAGCUCAAAGCUCAGCCCAAUCCUUCUAUUCGCCAUCACUAUCCUCGUGUUCAUCAUCGUAACAAUCAUUGGUAUCAUCGUUCUUAGCGUGGUCGCUGAAUGUGGAUCAAGCCCAACUGACGAGAAACGCCGCCGCGGACGCCUGGACUACCGCGACAUCGAAUCACUCUCCUUCUGCCCUACGCGCCGGCGCGACAAGAACGAUAGAACUCGCACGCCCAAUGGUCUCUUGCAUCCCGGAACUCGAGAACGUUCGCGCCUUCGCCGACAUCCCUCCGCUGGUCACUCGCGCGUGGAUUCUGGUUCGACGAUAGAGCUGUCGCCUUCUUGUCCUGCGUUGUUUGGUACAGGCGAGGCCGCAGUCGUACGCGUGACGAUAACACCACCGACUCCAGCAAAGCGUAAUGUCGUGUAUCACUAG